UUGAAGAAAAUUUGAAGUUUUUGUGGAGCGGGUAUUGUUAAACGUUAUGGAGCUUUCUAUCCUUGUAUUGCGCUGGUUUCGACUAAAAAUUUUAGGAAGACUCACCAACUAUUCUUAAAGUUUUUAAAAUUUGUAUAAUCAUGAUAUUAAUAUUAUAAACAUUGAACUUCAGUAAGAGCAAGUAAUGAAUCGCGCACUCCUCCUUUCCAUUAAAUAUAAUAAAUGAUAUUUUCCUUUCUUACAUUUUAUGAUUUUGUUAAAAUUUUAGAGAAAAUGGCAUGGUUGAAAUUCAUCAGCAAAUUAAUUAAAUUGCCAUCAUUAAAAUGAGAUGAAAAAGGCAGUGUUUCGUUACUAAUGGGAGCGAAGUGACGUCGGUAUUAUAGAAAGAGCAGUUUUGGCUAAUGUUUCUCUAUAUUUUGAGAGAUUGGAAUGAAUCCAAUAAAAAUUGUUGCAUUCGUUUUUUGUGGAAUGACUAUGGUCUGGCUUUUAAUGCAAAUUGCAUUAUUCAACACUUGUUUGCAUGAGAAGUACACUUCUAGUAAUGUUCCGGAUUUGUGCCAAAGAGAACAGGAUUGCCUUUGAUCCCAUCUAGUCUGGAUAAAUGAGGUUGUAUUGUACAUACAUGUAAGGAUCGCUAUGAACCCCACCUCCCAGAAGGAAAUUUCUAGUUGUGCAAGAAAACCUCAAAUGAUCUCAUGAAAAGUGUGCUUGAUGUGUUGAAGGGAGAGCCACAGUGUACCAAACUUCUUACAGUUGUGCAGGAGACUAUUGUUUUGAAUGAAAAAAAGCCAAAAAUAUACGUAAUUACUCCAACAUAUGCAAGACCAGUUCAAAAGGCAGAAUUAACUAGAUUAUCACAUACUCUAUUACUUGUACCUAAUAUUCAUUGGAUUGUUGUGGAAGAUUCUGUAAAUAAAACAGCUUUAGUGGUUAAUUUGUUGCAAAAGUCAAAAUUGUCAUAUACACAUUUGUAUACACCAACUCCAUUGCCUAUGAAAAUGUCAAAAGAUGAUCCCAGCUGGCUGAAACCUAAAGGUGUUUUGCAACGAAAUUUAGCCUUGAGUUGGCUGAGGAAACAUGCACUCUCUUCGGAAAAAGGGGUUGUAUAUUUUGCUGAUGAUGACAAUACUUAUGAUUUGGAUCUUUUCGAAGAAAUGAGGUAUACUGAAAGAGUUUCUGUAUGGCCUGUAGGACUUGUUGGUGGUCUAAUGGUUGAAAAGCCACUAGUAAAAAAUGGAAAAGUUACUGGUUGGAAUACUAUUUGGAAACCAAACAGGCCAUUUCCUCUUGACAUGGCAGGUUUUGCAGUAAAUGUUACUUUGUUACUGCAACAUCCAGAAGCAGCGUUUAGUCUAUCUGUUCCUCGAGGAUACCAAGAAAGUAAACUUCUGAAAGAUUUAGUUAAAAUUGAACAGCUUGAACCAAAAGCCAACAAUUGCACCAAGGUUCUAGUUUGGCAUACAAGAACAGAAUAUCCAAAAUUAAAGCAGGAAUGGAAAUUAAAAACACGAUCUGAUUUCGGCAUAGAAGUUUGAUGUGUUAAAGUCAUAGAAGUUGAAGUAUAUUAUGUACAUAAUUGUUAUAUUAUUAAAUUGUUUUGUUACAUAUGUCUAUUAAAUUUAUUCAGUUAAAUAUUGUAUUGAUGGCCUAGAAUGAGAACCUCAAAUCUUGUUUUUGCUUCUCUUAUUAAGUUUGAAUUUUUUGAGUUAUGUGGGUUAGAUCAUAUAUAUUUCUUUAUACCUCACUCAUGGGAG